AUGCUGGUGAUCCUGCUCAACUGCGUGACACUGGGCAUGUUCCACCCCUGCGAGGACAUUGCCUGCGACUCACCGCGCUGCAGGAUCCUCCAGAGCUUCGACGAUUUCAUCUUUGCCUUCUUCGCCGUGGAAAUGAUCGUCAAGAUGAUCGCUUUGGGGAUUUUUGGGAAGAAAUGCUACUUGGGAGACACGUGGAACCGCCUGGACUUCUUCAUCGUCAUCGCGGGGAUGCUGGAGUACUCCCUGGACCUGCAGAACGUCAGCUUCUCAGCGGUCCGCACCGUCCGUGUCCUGCGGCCGCUCAGGGCCAUUAACAGGGUCCCCAGUAUGCGCAUCCUGGUGACACUUCUUUUGGACACGCUGCCCAUGCUGGGGAAUGUCCUUCUCCUCUGCUUCUUCGUUUUCUUCAUCUUUGGCAUCGUGGGAGUCCAGCUGUGGGCAGGUUUGCUCAGGAACCGCUGCUUCCUCCCCGAGAACUUCAGCAUCCCCUACACAGUGGAUUUGGAGCGAUACUACCAGACAGAGAACGAAGACGAGAACCCCUUCAUCUGCUCCCAGCCCCGGGAGAACGGGAUGCGCUACUGCCGGAGUAUCCCAACGCGGAGGGAAGAGGGUCUCGAGUGCACCCUGGAUUAUUAUUCCUACAAUGACACCACCAACACGUCCUGUGUCAACUGGAACCAGUAUUACACCAACUGCUCUGCCGGAGAGCACAACCCUUUCAAGGGAGCCAUCAACUUCGAUAACAUUGGCUAUGCCUGGAUCGCAAUAUUUCAGGUCAUCACACUGGAAGGCUGGGUGGAUAUCAUGUACUUUGUCAUGGAUGCACAUUCCUUCUACAACUUCAUCUACUUCAUCCUCCUGAUCAUUGUCGGCUCCUUCUUCAUGAUCAACCUCUGCCUGGUGGUGAUAGCAACGCAGUUCUCCGAGACGAAGCAGCGCGAGAGCCAGCUGAUGAAGGAGCAGCGCGUGCGCUACCUGUCCAAUGCCAGCACCCUCGCCAGCUUUUCGGAGCCAGGCAGCUGCUAUGACGAACUCCUCAAGUACCUGGUUUACAUUGCCCGUAAAGGCAGCAAGCAGCUCGUGGAGGUCUACCGGGUGGCGGGCGUGAGGAUGGGCUUCCUGACCAGCCCUGCGAGCAAGGCGGGGGCCGACCGGCACACCGGGAAGCACCGAAGCAGGAAGAGGUCCUCUGUGCACCACCUCAUCCAUCACCAUCACCACCACCACCAUCACUAUCACCUGGGCAAUGGGAACCUGCGGGCUCCCCGCGCCAGCCCGGAGAUCAGCGACGUGGAGACCAGCUCGCUCCACAAUGGGACCAACCGGCUGAUGCUCCCCGCCUCAGCACCAAACCCCCACGGGGCCCCCAGCGCCGCUCCCAGCAACACCGAGUCUGUCCACAGCAUCUACCACGCUGACUGCCACUUUGAGCCGGUGCGCUGCCGGUCAUCCGUCCCGCAGCCGGGCCUCGGCUUGCCAAGCCCAGAGGGGAUCCCCAAGAACAUCGUGGGCAGCAAGGUGUACCCCACAGUGCACCCCAGUACCUCCCACGAGAUGCUGAAAGAGAAAAGCCUGGGGGAGGCAGCGGUUGGUGCCGGGAGCAGCACCUUGACAAGCCUCAACAUCCCACCCGGGCCGUACAGCACCAUGCACAAGCUGCUGGAGACGCAGAGCACGGGGUUCUUUUCAGUCCACGUUACAGAGAAAGGCGAUGGCUUUCCAGGUCCCUGCCAAAGCUCCUGCAAGAUCUCCAGCCCCUGCACCAAGCUGGACGGUGGCUCCUGCAACCCCGAGAGCUGCCCGUACUGCCUCAAGGCGCUGGCGGGCGAGGCUGAGCUGACGGACAACGAGACGGCCGACUCGGACAGCGAGGGGGUCUACGAGUUCACGCAGGAUGCCCACUACAGUGACCAGCGGGACCCGCAGCGGGGCAGAGCCCGGGCCAAGAGAGCAAGCCGGGUGCUGGCCUUCUGGCAUGUGGUGUGCGAGACCUUCCGGAAGAUCGUGGACAGCAAAUAUUUUGGCCGUGGGAUCAUGGUGGCCAUUCUCAUCAACACGCUCAGCAUGGGGAUCGAGUACCACGAGCAGCCAGAGGAGCUUACCAACGCCCUGGAGAUCAGCAACAUAGUCUUCACAAGCCUCUUUGCCCUGGAGAUGCUGUUGAAAGUCCUCGUUUAUGGUCCUUUUGGCUACAUUAAGAAUCCAUACAACAUCUUUGAUGGGAUCAUCGUGGUGAUUAGCGUGUGGGAGAUAGUGGGCCAGCAAGGAGGGGGGCUCUCGGUCCUGCGGACCUUUCGGCUCAUGCGGGUUUUGAAGCUAGUCCGCUUCAUGCCAGCUCUCCAGCGCCAGCUCGUAGUCCUCAUGAAGACCAUGGACAACGUGGCCACGUUCUGCAUGUUGCUGAUGCUCUUCAUCUUCAUCUUUAGCAUCCUGGGGAUGCACCUCUUUGGCUGUAAGUUUGCUUCGGAGCGAGACGGUGACACGCUGCCCGACAGGAAGAACUUCGACUCCUUGCUCUGGGCCAUCGUCACCGUUUUCCAGAUUUUGACCCAGGAAGACUGGAACAAGGUCCUUUACAAUGGCAUGGCAUCAACCUCCUCCUGGGCUGCUCUCUACUUCAUUGCUCUCAUGACGUUUGGGAAUUAUGUUCUCUUUAACCUGCUGGUGGCCAUCCUGGUAGAGGGUUUCCAGACGGAGAAAGGCAAACUGGGAGUGCAAGAACAGGGUGAUGCUUCCAAGUCUGAUUCCGAGGGGGAUCUCUUCCCCCGCAGCCUGGAAGAGGAAGGAGGACUUAAGAAAAACUUGUCAAAUCCAGCCUUGAUGGCCCUGAGCGACCACCCAGAGCUGAAGAAGAGCCUGACCCCACCGCUCAUCAUACACACUGCUGCCACGCCGAUGCCCAUGCCCAAGAGCGCCAUGUUCGGAGAUGCAGCGCAGGGCUACGAGUCCCGCCGGGCCAGCGGCGUCUCCAUGGACCCCGCCACCUAUGAGCUCAAGUCCCCGCCCAGCACCCGCAGCUCCCCGCACAGCCCCUGGAGUGCCAGCAGCAGCUGGAACAGCCGCCGCUCCAGCUGGAACAGCAUCGGCCGGGCCCCCAGCCUCAAACGUCGGGGUCAGAGCAGCGAGCGCAGAUCCCUCCUCUCUGGAGAGGGGAAGGAAAGCUCGGAGGAAGGGGAGAGCUCAGAUGAGGAGCACUCCAGCCGGGCCGGCAGCUUCAACGGCUCUUUGCCUCAUCGCAUGGAGUCACUGGAAACAAAAGGCUCCUUCGAUCUCCAGGAUACCUUGCAGGUGCCUUCCCUGUACCGGACCAGCAGCAUGCACAGCAGCCGGACUUCCACCUCUGAGCACCAGGACUGCAAUGGGAAGACUUCUCCGGGUCUGCUGCUGCACCAGCUCCACCUGGAUGACCCCCGACAGGACUGCGAUGACUGCGAUGAUGAAGGCAACAUGAGCAAAAGGGACCGCAUGAAGGCAUGGGUACAGGCACGUCUCCCCACCUGCUGCAAAGAGAGAGACUCCUGGUCCAUCUACAUCUUCGCCCCUCACUCAAGAUUCCGUCUGAUGUGCAAUAAAAUCAUCACACACAAGAUGUUUGAUCAUAUCGUCUUGGUGAUCAUUUUCCUGAACUGCAUUACCAUUGCCAUGGAACGACCCAAAAUCGAGCCUCACAGUGCUGAACGGAUUUUCCUAACGCUCUCCAACUACAUCUUUACAGUUAUCUUCCUGACUGAGAUGACAGUUAAGGUGGUGGCACUAGGCUUGUGUUUUGGGGAGAAAGCCUACUUGAAAAGCAGCUGGAACGUGCUAGAUGGGGUGCUGGUUCUCAUCUCUGUCAUCGACAUCCUGGUCUCGAUGGUGUCAGACAGUGGCACGAAAAUCCUGGGGAUGCUACGGGUUUUGAGACUGCUGAGGACGCUGCGGCCCUUAAGAGUCAUUAGUCGAGCCCAAGGACUGAAGCUGGUGGUGGAGACUCUCAUGUCAUCCCUGAAGCCCAUUGGGAACAUUGUGGUCAUCUGCUGUGCCUUUUUCAUAAUCUUCGGGAUCCUGGGAGUUCAGCUUUUCAAAGGCAAGUUUUUUGUCUGCCAGGGGGAGGACACCAGAAACAUCACAAAUAAAUCGGAUUGUACAGAAGCAAGCUACAAAUGGGUCCGGCACAAGUAUAAUUUUGAUAAUCUCGGCCAGGCCCUGAUGUCUCUCUUUGUUCUGGCCUCCAAGGAUGGGUGGGUGGAUAUCAUGUACGAUGGCUUAGAUGCUGUGGGAGUUGACCAGCAGCCAGUCAUGAACUACAACCCGUGGAUGCUCCUCUACUUCAUCUCC